AGCGGCGCCGAGGACGGCAGCCCGGGCCCGCACCACGUGUCCAUCGCUGCGGCUGUCAUCAAGUCGCUGGCCGCCACCGAGGGCGAGGUGUUCGGGCUGGCGAGCGAGAACGGCGAGCACGUGCGGCCCAUCCUCAAGAAGAAGAGCAGCUCGGAGGAGAACGCCGGCGACUCCGCGUGCGCCGAGGCGCCGCGCCCCAUCCUCAAGAAGAAGGCGAGCGUGGAGACCGAGGACGACGACCGGCCCAAGCCCAUCCUCAAGUCGGCGCGCAAGCACUCGCACGAGGACAACGGCGGCUUCGGCCUGCCGCACGGUCACGGGCUGGGGUUGGGGCUGGGCCGCGACUCGCCCACGCGCUGCCUGCGCCUGGCCAGGGGCUCCGACUCCACCUCGGGCUCCGACUGCGAG